CGCGGAGUGUUGUAAGAAACUGUGUGAAGAAGAUGUAGUGUGCACCAAAUGCGGUAGAAGUAGAGAUGAGGGUGUUUGGCGAUACACUUUGAAAAUGAAAGUCAGGCAUGGGACAACUUUUGCAGAUGUAAUGUUCUGGGAUGAGGAGGCCCGACUACUACUUGGAAAGGCGGCGGGAGAUUUUCACGAACACCUUGAAGUGGCAACACUUAGACCUAUCAGCUGCCCUGAAGUCAUAUCUGAAUUGAUCGGACGAGAAUAUCUAUUCCAAAUCAAGUCUGCAAACACAAACUCUAACUAUGUUGAACAGGUUUGUCAUAGGCAUGGUAUCGAGCGAUAAAGAAAAAAUAAAACAAUUCAAGUUGGCAGCAGGAAGUGAGGGAACGAGUUCUGAGGUAAUAUACCUCAAACGUUUUAAUACUUCUUUGUUUCAUUAAAUAUUUAUUCAUUUUAAAACUUAAAAUUUAUCCACAGGCGUACAAUUCAGAUGAAGACUUGGAAUUGCUUUUUGAAUUUGUGCCGACAAUGGACUCAAAUGUGGUUAUUUCAGACAUGUCAAGAAUUGGAAGAAGCAAUCAUUUGUGGCCGUGAAGAUUGAAAAGUCAUGAUAUCGAAUUAUUAUUUUCUAUUUGAUUCAGUACCGCCUUUUAUACUUUUAUUCAUGUAUUGUUUCAAACAAGUUUGAUCUCAGACUUCUCAAUGCCAUUGAUUUUUAAUUAAUAUUUUG